AUGGCCACUACAGCUCCAACCCAAUUCGCUAUGCCAACGUCUAAUGUCCAACCAUCGAAUGUGACAAGCGUCAAAACACUAACUGAAACAGCUGAUCUCAAAACCAUCCCUUCCAUCUAUGCCUACACCCCAACUAAUCCCAAUGAAGCCGAUGUUUUUGAAGAUGAAGUUUCAAUCCCUAUCAUUGAUUUUUCCUUGCUCACUUCUGCUAUUCCUGAACAACGCUCCAAAGCCAUACAAGACCUCGACAAAGCCUGUCAAGAUUGGGGCUUCUUCAUGGUGGUUAAUCAUGGUGUGCCAGAGAGUCUCUUGAAGGGGAUAAUCAGUGCGAGUAAUGAAUUUUUCAAUCUGACAGAGGAGGAGAAAAAGGAGUUUGCAGGAAAGAACAUUUUAGACCCUAUCAGGUGCGGUACAAGCUUGAGCACUUCAAACGGAAAGAUUUUCUUGUGGAGAGAUUUUGUAAAGCUCGUUGUGCAGCCGGAUCAGUUUCACGCUCCUCACAAACCUAUAGGUUUCAGUGAGGUUGCACUGGAGUAUUGCAACAGUGGCCGGAGAAUAGUAAGAGAAUUACUCAAAGCAAUAUCGGAGAGCCUAGGAUUGGACAACGAUUAUGUGGAAAAAACCUUGAAUUUGGACUCAAGUGCGCAAGUCUUUUCUGCCAAUCUAUAUCCACCUUGUCCACAGCCUGAACUUGCAAUGGGUUUGCCACCUCAUUCAGAUCAUGGCCUCUUCACCCUCCUUAUACAGAAUGAUGUUCCAGGCCUCCAAGUGCAACACAAUGGAAAGUGGGUCACUAUCAAUCCCCUUCCUAACUCUUUUCUGGUAAACACUGCCGAUCAGCUUGAGAUUUUCAGCAAUGGAAAGUACAAGACUCUCAUGCAUCGAGCAAUUCUGAAUAACAAAGUUGCAAGAAUAUCUAUAGCCAUGGCUAAUGGACCCUCUUUCGAAGCAACUGUUGGCCCAGCUUCCAAGUUGGUAGACAGUGAAAACCAUCCCGCUGCAUAUCGUCCAAUGAAUUACAAGGAGUAUGUGGAGCAGCAACAACUCCAGUCUCUUGGUAAAACCAUCUUGGAUCAUGUUCGGAUUGAGGGUCAAAGCAAGUAG